CACUUUCUGAGCGCCCUCCUUGGGUUGGGACAAGAGCGGAACCAGAGAAAGGCAAAAACACCUCCGUCGCUUCACCAAAACAGGAAAAAGUCGUUCAGGUGACCGCCAAUUCACUUCUGAGUCUGGAGGCAGCACAGGCAUGGAGCUUGUUUACGAUCUUUUAGGGGACAAUGCUUGGCUGUACAUCUGUGCCACCUUUGCGGCGCUGUGGACUGCCGCGUGGCUGUACAGAGACAGCCUGGAGAUCGAAGACGUGACCGACAAAUACGUCUUUGUGAGCGGCUGCGACUCGGGCUUCGGAAACCUGCUGUGCAAGAAGCUGGAACGCAAGGGCUUCCACGUACUGGCCGGCUGCCUCACCGAAAAGGGCGCCGAGGAGCUGAAGAAGAUGACGGGGCCCUACUUGAAGACGGUGCUGCUGGAUGUGAGCAGUCAGGACAGCAUCCAGAAAGCCAUGGAGUGGACCAAAAAGGAGGUUGGCGACAGUGGACUCUGGGGUAUCGUAAACAACGCCGGCCGCUCUCUGCCCAUGGGGCCCACCGAGUGGAUGAAAGUGGAGGAUUUCCACAGCACGCUGAAGGUCAACAUGAACGGCGUGAUCGGCAUGAGCGUCACCUUCCUGCCGCUGGUCAAGAAGGCCCGCGGGCGCGUGGUCAACGUGGCGUCGGUGCUGGGCCGGGUGGCGGCAAACGGCGGAGGCUACUGCAUCUCCAAGUUCGCCGUGGAGUCUUUCUCCGACUGCCUCAGGAGAGAUAUCAACUACUUCGGGGUGAACGUGUGCAUCAUCGAGCCGGGCUUCUUCAAGACGGCCGUGACCAGCCUGGAGCCCAUCGAGAGGGAACUGCACCGCUUGUGGAACCAGCUCAGCCCCGAAGUACAAGCCAGCUACGGGGACAAGUACCUGGACAAGUACAUUAGGAUCCAGCGCUUCAUCAUGAACGCCAUCUGCGACUCGGACCUGACCAAGGUGACCUUCUGCAUGGAGCACGCGCUGACCGCCGUGUACCCUCGCACCCGCUACAGCGCCGGGUGGGACGCCAAGCUCCUGUGGAUCCCGCUGUCGUACAUGCCGUCCUGCGUGGUGGAUAUCGGGCUCAAGCUGAUUCUGCCCCGGCCGUCCAAGAGUGUCUGACCACUGAUAAUUGGAGUCAUUCUCCCUGGUGCCGGUGAUGCUGUAAAAAGAUUGAUAGUUAUUUAUAGUGCCUAUUAAUUGAUCUAUAAUUACAAAUGUAUUUAUAAAUUAGGUGUAUAAUGUCACAAAUUUAAACGAAAUAAAUAAGACACUGUAAUGUGCCUUUUGCCAUAUUAUAUGGAAUCCUUCAUGUGAAGCAGUGUGGUUGAUCAAACGCAUACAC